AAGUGUAUUGAAUGGUGUGUAAAAAUGAAAGUGGACAAAUACUCUGGGACGGACGGAAUAAGUACUAAGCAAAUGUUUAUACAACAAGGAAGUGGUUGAGGUCGAAUUUGUUGUGGGAAACUCCCAAGUCCUAACGGAGAAAGCCCGCGGCGUCGCAGCUACCUUAGAUACCCGUUAAAACUCCCCCCCGCGCAAUUUCAAUGGCGGCGGAGGCCAGCGGCGGUGCCAGCCUGGACGGCCUGCCGGAAGGUUGCAUCGCCAACGCUCUGUCGUUGACGAGCCCCAGAGACGCUUGCCGCCUCUCGCUGAUCGCGUCGAUCUUCCGCUCCGCCGCCAUAUCCGACGCCGUCUGGGAGCGGUUCCUUCCUCCCGAUUACCGUGAUAUCAUUUCCCGGUCUGCUGACGCCGCCGAUCUGCUCGCCUCUGCCUCCAAGAAGGAUCUCUACUUCCGUCUCUGUGAUUUCCCCGUCCUUAUCGACGGCGACACCAUGAGUUUUUCACUAGAGAAGAAGAGUGGGAAGAAAUGUUACAUGAUAGGUGCAAGGUCCCUUAAGAUUGUGUGGAGUGACACACCUACAUACUGGAAAUGGAUCUCUCACCCUCACUCCAGGUUUGCCGAAGUUGCUGAGCUUCUAGAAGUGUGUUGGCUUGAAAUAUCUGGCACCAUAAGCACGACCUUUCUGUCACCCAACACAACCUACGCAGCUUAUCUUGUCUUUGCGUUGCUACCGAGUGCCAGUGGCUUUGAUCUCCAUCGGGACUUCUAUGGAGAAUACAAUCCGGUCAACGCUGCUAUUGAGUUAAAAAUCAACGGAGAUGAAGAAGCUAAAAAAGAGCAGGGUGUGUUUUUGAGUACCCAAGAGGACGUAACGCGGGAAGAAUGGGGUUACGGGUUUUCUCGUGCUCGGAGACCGGACGGCCUGGAUGCCGAUUCGGAAAACAACGCCGCAAAGUUCCCUAAAAAGAGGAGCCAUGCAUGGAUGGAAGUUGAGAUUGGGGAGUUUUUUGUCAAGGAUGGAGGACAACAUGGUGAGAUUGUUAUGAGUUUGAUGGAGGUAAGAGGUCACUGGAAAAGUGGUUUGAUUGUUGAAGGGAUUGAGAUUCGGCCCAAGGAGUAGGAGGACUGGAGGAGGAUGGUAAAUGAAAUAAUGAAAAGUUGUUGUAAUAAAGAAAGGAUAAAGCUAUUUGUACCCAAGGAUUUGUACCCCAUAUGUACACCGCAGGUGUGCACCAACAUUUUGUGUUGGUGCAAUGUUAAUUUUUGUUAGCGCACCAACACUUUGUGUCAGUGUAAAUUUUUGUUAACGCACCAACACUUUGUGUCAGUGUGAACCAUCAAAAUGUUGGUGUAUACCUUUGGUGUAAGUUUGGGGUACAAAUUUUGGUGUAAGUGUAGCAUGGUCCAUAAAGAAAAUGUCAAGCUUGACAUCCUAGACUUCACACAGACAGUUUUACAUAAAAUCAUGUCUUUGAGUGUCAUGUGAAUGAGGUAUAUGGUGAAGCUUCUUGUACUCUUUUCAGCUUUGUUGAUUAAUGCAUGUAGCUAUAUAUUAAUGUAUGUCCCUAAACAUUAAUUGUAUUGUCUAAUUUCUCUUGCAUCAACUUAAAUGCAUCUUUAUUUUCGUGUG